AUGCGCCUCGAUUUCGUUGGCCUCAGGCUAGUACUGAGCAUCGUAACUACAAACGCUUUGCAGAACCAACAGUCUGACCAGAACUCCGCCCGUGAUUCAAACAUCACCUCAAUCGCCAGUUCCCAAGCAGUAAAUGGCAGUGGUCAGUUUAUCGGAAACAUUGCCUGCCUCGAGCCACUCGAACCGAAAACCCAGUACUGUCCCGAUGCCUCUAUGAUGCACCAGGAUGGUGGGAACACUGGGAGUACAGAUUAUGCUGGACCAAUAGGCAGGAACAUUUCGAUGUCAACCUUCUCUACACGCAUCGCACCCUUUCUUUUCGAUCCUCACGGAGGGUUGACGGCAGGUCAACCUGGAGCCUCGGGAUACAGCCUUAAGGCCAUCGACCCUGAAACUCUAGAGGCUAUUUCAUCAUGGUCACCACCAACAAACCAGACACUCAAUCUUGCCUACAUUCAGCAAAUUGCUGCGGGAAGCGACAGCAUUAUUCUGGCCACGUCUACCCAAGGUCGAGUAUUUGUAGUUCAAAGAAAUAACUCAAUCUCUCCCCCAACAUUUACCACUUCAAGAGAUAUUGAUGUCAGCCACGCUCUGCAGUCGGGAGAACAGCUCAUCAACGGGAUGUACGACACGCUCUCCAACAUCUGGUUUACAACAGGCGUCAUCUUAGGCAAUGGAGGAAUGCCAGAAAACACCACGACAGUUGGCUACAUCACGCCCUCAAACGAGAUAAGCACCCUUCAUCUACAGAACCAAGCUGUUGAGAAUGGCAUAGCAGUCAGCAAUACCACCGUCUACAUCGUCACGGGGCCACCGGGAGAUACCAAAAACUCCACUGGCAAUAUGUACGCCUUCCAAGCCGCAGAUGCUGGAGUUGAAACUCUUUGGAGUGCACCAUACGAUGCCGGCUCGAAGAAACAACCAGGAGGCUUUGCGCGUGGCUCUGGUACCACCCCCACACUUCUAGGCGAUGCCUACAUCGCCGUGACUGACCACGCAGACACACAAAUCACUCUACUAAUCUAUCACCAAACUGCGCAAGAUUCCGAAGACGCCCAGCUGCUCUGUAAAGUCCCACUCUUUGCCCCAGGAGCAAGUGCUGUUGACGUCGGGUCACUCGGCCACGCAAGCGAGCAUGGAUAUUCCGUCGUUCUGUUUAACGACUAUAAUGCGCCGCCCAUCUACCCAUCAGCCAAUGCAACCGCGGCGGAUAUCAACGGUGCUUUCAAUAACAUGACGACAAUGGCCGCUGGAGGAGUCCGAGUCGAUAUUCCGCUCACUGGAUCUGAUUGUAAGAUUACGUGGGAGAAAGAUAUACGGACGAAAAGUGUGCCACUUUUGUCCACGAAGAUGGGGUUGUUGUAUGGCUAUGAGCAAGAUGCCGAUGAUGCGGAGAAUGGCGAGUGGGUUUGGUAUGUUACGGCGAGGAAUUGGGAGACUGGUGAUUUGGUUUGGAAGGUGCAGACUGGGGCGGGAGGAACCUUUAAUGAUGAUUUUCAGGGCAAUGCUAUUGGGAGGGAUGGGACGUUGUACCAGGGUGUAGUUGGUGGGAUUGUGGUCCUGAAAGAUGGCGAUGGGGCAACAUGA